AACAAGCCCAAUUCGACCAUCAACACCACAACCAACCCCGUCGCCACACGAUCUCUCUCUCCCAACCUUCGUAUUUGUCGGAGCGAGGAAGCGAAACACCCUUGACACCACCUCAAAACAUCGCCAUCACCAGAGAAGUCUAGCGCACCACAAUACAACUCACCAACCAAAAACGGGGGGUAAACAAAACCACACCCCACCGAGAGAACCACAACCGCAAACCACAAUACAAUGUCCCAAAACGCAGCAACAUACGCAGACUGCGUAGCCUCCCUCCGCACCUCCCUUAACUUCCUCCAAAACUCCGUAUCGACCCUCGACACAGGCGUUUCUGACCUUCCCCGCCUCGCCUCCGUCCUCCGUCCCACGCGGCACUUCGAACUCAUCCCCCAACCCACCCUCGCCGCCGCCGAGGCCUCGCUGCGCGACGAAAUCGGCCCGCAAAUCGCAAAACUGCUCGAUCGCGCCGACGCGCAAAUCGCGCGCCGCGAACGGCGCAUCGAGACUCUGCAGGCUAGGUGCGAGCUCUUGCAGGGCCGGUUGGCUGCGCCGUCUGAGGAGGAUGGGUACGGGGGCAAGAAGACAAAGGGACGAGGAGGGGCUGUUGGUGCUAGCGGAAGUGGUGGGAAGAGGGGGUUGAAUGGAGAGAGUGCUUUGCGGGCUAGGGCUGUGAGGCAGAGGAGGGAGGGGUUGGAGUAUAGUGUUGAGAGGCUUGAGCUGGAGGUCUUGACGAAGGAGAGGGAGUUGAGGAAGAGGCUGGAUAAGGCUUGA